GAUUCCGCCAGGCAAUGGCGGCCGAGCGGAUCCGGGCUCCGUCCCAUAUGUAAACAGCACAUUAAGCGCUCUCCUUUGUUUAAGAAAAGCAAAACCAGCCGCGAUCAGGAGCAUGAGAUUAUCGCACAAGAAUCGAUUCAUCUGAGCACCAAAAUGUCAAUGGAAGAUCCGUUUUUCGUCGUGAAAGGAGAGGUGCAGAAGGCUGUGAACACAGCUCAGGGGCUUCAUCAGAGAUGGAUGGAGCUGCUACAGGACCCGGGUGGAGCCAGCAAGGAGGAGGUGGACUGGACCACUAAUGAGCUGAGGAACAGUUUGAGGUCCAUUGAAUGGGACUUGGAGGACUUGGAUGAGACUAUAAGUAUUGUGGAGGCUAAUCCAAAGAAGUUCAAUCUCGAUGCGAUGGAGCUGGCCAAGAGGAAAGCCUUCAUCACUAGCACAAGGCAAACAGUCAGGGAGAUGAAAGACCACAUGACUAGUCCAAUGGCCAUGACGGUGUCCGAGAGGAAAAAUCGACAGACUUUAAUGGGUGAUGGCGGGUCUCGUGGCCCAAUCUGGCAACCCAGUGCAGAUAAGUACACUAGACUGGACCGGGAGCUGCAGACGGCAAACUCACAGUUCAUUGAGGAACAGCAGACCCAGCAACAGCUCAUAGCAGAACAGCAGGAUGAGCAGCUGGAGAUGGUGUCGGGAACUAUUGGCGUCUUGAAGAACAUGUCCCAAAGGAUCGGCCAAGAGCUGGAUGAGCAAGCUGUAAUGCUGGAUGAUUUUUCACAUGAGAUGGACAGCACUCAUUCCAGACUGGAUAAUGUCAUGAAGAAACUGGCUAAAGUUUCUCACAUGACCAGCGAUCGUCGACAGUGGUGCGCUAUCGGCAUUCUUCUGGCCAUCCUGUUUGUUGUGAUCAUUCUCUUGAUUGUUCUGUGAACAGCCCUCCUCCGUCCUCCGCCGCUACAGCUCUCCCGCCUGCGAACGCUCACUCCUACGAAGGUGCUUGGGAGA